UUCCUGUUGCUCUGUGCGUACCAAACACUCCCUGGUAUGUACAGACUGAAGGAAGCCCAUCAACGAGCAUUGGGGAAGUUCGAAUGAUUCUGUCUGCAUAUUGUAGAUCUGGCUCUGUUACAGAGUUGAGAAUUACAGAAUUGGGAAUACAAUGGGUACGUUAUGAUCCUCAUCUCUCUAAAGAUGAAAUAGCAAAAUGCCAUAUUGGAAUUUGGGGAUUGUUGGGAAUUUGUAUUUUAGCUCUGAUGACUUCUCUUGUGGUGAAUGUUAUCUACUGUACAGCGAACCGUCAAAAAGCUCCCAGAGCAAUAUACCAAAGCGUCAAACAAUUGCAGAGUCCUGUGAUUCAGGAAGUGGAUGACAAUCCAAUUUAUGGUAACCUCAACCAGGAUACCACAGGUGAAGACGAGAGCUGUUAUGAAGCCAUGACACCAACUAAUAGAUAUGGAGAUGAAACCAAGGUGAUGAUUGAAAGUCAGAUGUGUUAUGCAUCUCUAGAUCUUUCAGUGGAACAAAAGAAACGACGCAGAAACUUGGAAAAACAAAGGACAAAUAAUGAUAUACUAGAGCAUGACAAUAUGCCACUUAACACACAUGCAUUGACCUCAAGGCCCAGCAUUUAUCUGAACAGCGAGCAGCUUUCUUUUAAUGAAGAUAGAAGAGAAGAAACUAUUCAUGAUGAUCCAGUUAUUCUUUAUGGCAGGAUAAAUACGUCGCAAAGCAAAUUGUCAGUAAAUGAUACAGCAAUGGCAUUCGACAAUACAAAGUGACUUUUAGCUUGUGCUGGUAUCAGUGCUGGUAAGAUUUAUCAUGAAGCAAUGCAGCAUCUAGGGAAAUGUGUAGAAGGAAUGACUUUAUUGUGAAAAAGUUUCCAUUGAAAGUUGUUUUGUGCAUCAUUUAUAUGGAAAAUAGGGAAGAACAAACUACUUCUGGUUUUAAAUUUCAAGUGCACUUCCAAAAAAUUCCAUUUAAGAAACUUCAUUUUGAAUUCAUGAGCAGUGAACAGCACUGAAAAAUAAACAUGCCAAUUAAUAUUUAAUUUUUCCAUAAUUCAUCCAUUUUAGUACUUGUGCAUUUUUAAUCAAAGGCAUUCUAACUAGUCCGAAUUUUCAAGUUUAUUCAUAUGUCAGACAUCUCCAUGUUGUCACUUACUGAAGACACAUGGUAGAAAUGCAUCAUCUCUGGCUAUAUCCAUUUGAAUAAAGCAAUUCAGAUAGGGAAAGCAGAAUGCUAAAUAUGGCAAUAUGUUUAAACCAAGAAGUGAUGCUUGGGACGUAGAUUUAUUAAACAUAUCCAAAUUUUUGAACGUUUUAAAUCCAGGUCAUUUAACAAUUUGAGUCACCUGCCAUUGGCAAUGCCAUUGGUUUAAAAUAAGUCUAAAUAUAAAAAAGCUAAGUAGGCCAAUAAAAAAAUUAGGUGUGAUUCAAGGCUAGAGUAUUCUAAGGCACUCUUGGCCAGCCUCCCAUAUCCUACCCUCUGUAAACUUGAGGUUAUCCAAAACUGUCCUAAUUCACGCCAAAUCCUGUUCAUUCUUCACUCCGAUGCUCACUGAUCUACACUGGCUCUCAGUUAAGUAAUGCCUCAAUUUUAAAAUUCUCGUCCUUGAUCUCAAAUCCACGGCUUCCCUGCUCACUAUCUCUGUAAUCUCCUACAACAUUGCAAUCCUCCUAUCUGUGCUCCUCUAAUUCUAGCUUCUUAAGUACCCUACUUUUAAUUAUUCCACCAUUGGUGGACAUUCAGCCUUCAGCUGUCAAGGCCUUAAGAUCUGGAAUGUCCUUCCUCAACCUCUCUCCUCAUCUUUAAGACACUCCUUAAAACCUCUUUCUUUGACCAAGCUUUUGGUCAUCUGUCCUAAUAUUUUAUGUGGCUCAGUGUCAUAUAUUGUUUUAAUCCUGUGAAGUACCUUGGGAAGUUUCAUUACAUUAAAAGGUGCUAUGCAAGUACAAAUUGUUGUUGUUGACACAUGCUAAUUUUUACCUUAAAUGGCAUUUAUGUGAACACAUUUCCCCUGCCUUAACACUUUUACCAUUGGAUGCUGUUACAAACCAGGAAAACCAAACAUUCCUAUAACUGAUUAUUAUAGAUUGUAGUAAUUGUAAGACAUCGAUAAAUGUCAAAUUCUGAGCUGAUAUUUAAGUAAAGGCUUGAUACGUAGCAAGAUGCAUAUUUAAACAAACAGCUAUAUAUGUGCAAAAGUUGCAGUCAAUCACCUCAAAUUGCAUUUGAAAAUGCAAAUGGCUUAAGACUUGGAGAUAAUGCUUUUUGGGGUAGGAAUUCUGCUUCAUCACUCACCAGUCUGUGAUUUCCCUUUCAUUCAAGUGAAUGAGCAGAAAAUCACAGUCUGGCAAUUAUAGAAAUUAUUCCUUUCUUUUUCAAAUAGUGACCAACACAAUGCAAAAUUGAAAAUAAGAUAAUUUAAGUCAAAGACUGAUGGGAAAGCCUCAACCAUUGAGGCAGCACAAUCAUAGAUCAUUGGAGUGUCGGCACUUAACUUAAAGGCAUGUGGUGAAGAUUGUGGCCAAUGUACAUUUUAAACUUAUAACUUGUUUUUCCUUUAACUGAACAGGAAUUAUCUCCAUUAUCAUCAUGGUUAGGUCUGGGACAGAUUUUGAAAAUGUUGCUAUUUCUAAUAGGAGGCAUUAACAACAUAAUGACAGGGCAAUGUUUGCAGAUUUGCUAACAAAAUGGUAAUGCUAAUUAUAUUUUCUUAUAUACUGAGUGUGUAUUCUGAAGUAAAAGUUAACACCUGCAGAUUAUUUAAAUAAACAUUAAAUUAUAUAAAGUA